CCAUGGCCGCGCCGGUUCUCUCUCUCAUGAGGCUGCUCUUUGUGGUGGAAAUGGCGGGUGCAAGGCCAAAAUUAGAUGUAUCUGAUUUGGCCAUGCAGUUGGAGCGGCAAGAGGCAAUCCGAGAACAUUUGCGUGGGGAUGCCAAAGCCGUCCUGUUCCCUGAGACUACCAACAUAUGUGUCAAACAUGCUUGCCACCCUCAGAUCCAUGCUCUGUUGAAGAUUUUGCUCAUCAAGACGGUGGAAACGCCUAAUAGGCCUCAACCUCCCAUCCACCCCCUCCGGGAGCAGCUUGCACUCCUGUAUGCCAAGAUGUCUCGGCCGGGUGAUGACAAGACGGUCAUCGAGGACUCCUGGUUCAUCAGGAAUUUUUUGGGUUUGGUCAAGAUGAAGACCAGAAAGGAGAAGGUCUCAACUGACAAAAGGUUCCAGGAGCUGUGCCUGAUCCUCAACCCAAAUCUGCAGGCGAAGUGUGAUGAGAUCAAUCGCUUGGUGGAAGAGAAAGAGGCAGCCAAGCUUGCGCGGCAGGCCAAACAACAAAAGGAUGAUGAUGCCUAUGAUGAGUCUGCCGGGUCUGACGACUCUAGUGAUUCUGAUGGUCCGGCGUGGGAUCGAAUGUGCCGAAUGUCAGUCCUGCCCCAGCACAAGAAGCAUUGUCAAGAGCCAAAAGCCCGUGAUGCAAUGAACCAAACUCGCAAGAUGAACUUGGAGGAAGCCAAAGCAAGACUGGCUCAGUAUGGAGCUAAGAUUCGUGAAAGGAAGAUCGAGUUGCAGCAGUCCAUCAGGAGACUCAAAGCUGAAGACUUGCAUGAUAAUCCCGAGCGUGCCCGAGGUGCUGCUGUGGCUGCUGUGGCUGCCGUGGCUGCGGCGGACCAUGUGGAAACCCAGCCCGUUGAAGACAUCAUGGGGGUGUCGGUCCCGGAUUCUUUGUCCCCAUCAGCCCUAUCUCCUGACAUUGACACCUCCAAGUCCCGGGCGACAUACCAACGUCGACAGAUGCCACAUGAUGAUGACAGUGUCCAACUGGCAGCUGAUGAGUCUACUGUGGAUCCCUUGCCGGGAGCUGAAGGUAGUCCAGCAACAUAUGUCACCAGGGAUCAGCAACUGACACGCAAAGCAUCACAGAAAGUAAAACGGGACAAGGCUGGCAAAGGGAAAGCAGGUGGUAAGAAAGGGAAGGGGAAAAAGGUGAAAAGAACACGCAAAGGGAAAAAGACUGUGAAGUCCACACACCGCGGUCACCGCGGGUUGAAAACCCUUCGCAGCUUCAGCAAGUCGGAUGGCUACAGCCCUUCCAAAAACCAUGGUGAUGAUAAUGCAACCACAGGUGAAGGUGAAGAUGCCGUCCCCAAAUCAAAACGAGCACGAUCCAGUAAAGUGACAUCAGCACCUGCAGAUAGCAACACGCCUCCCUCUCGCAAACGCAAGAACAAGCAGCAGACUAGCGCGACUAGUGAAGUGACUGCAGAGAAUCAACCUGCCAAGAAGUCAGCGCGAAAGCCAAAAGGUGAAGCAGCCGCAGCACCAGCGGCAAAGGCAAAAGCAAAGGCAAAAGCAAAGGCAAAGGCAAAGGCUAAGAGUAAGUCUAGCAAAACGAAGCCAACAACAGAGGAGUUCGCCAUGAAGCAGCAGGCAGAUCCCAAGUUUGUUGCAGCCCAAGUUGAUGGCAUGCGAGCUUUGGCCUGCAAACUUGACCCUGAAGCAAAAGUCACGUCGCCUCAGUUCAAAGCUUUUGCCCGUAGCUUGAUCCCUGACAAUGAGUUCGAGGAGCACAAACUCAACAUCUACUGGACCAGGACUGCAGUAGGUGUUACGAACAAUAACACGGGCAAAGACCUGAUCACCUACAGCUUCAAUGGGUCCAGUGCAGCCGAUUCACACAAGAUUGGCGUCGCAAUGUUUUGUGCUAUGGAAACAGUCUUCAGCAUGCCGGGCAUUCGGCGCAACAUCUGGCAGGUGCGAUCCAAAUUCCAAGCCAAGAGCAAAGGAGGACAGCUAGUCGAGGAGGAGGAGGAGAAGGAGGAGGCGGAGGAGGAGGAGGAAGUGGCGGGCAUGGAGUAUCCAGUGAAGUUCGGCUUCAAAAUCAUCGACCUUUACCACCACUUGACUACGUCUCCGAAUGGCCAGGCACCAACUCCUGCUGAGGUUCCCAGCGCCAUGGUCUCAUAUCAGGAAAUGCCUGAUGAAUUUCUGGCUCUGGAAUGGGCCGAAUUGACUGAAGACCUUGAGAAGAUGGACCCCCUUGCUGGUCAUGUCGCUGAAAGUCCAUCGAUGCCAGCCCAGGAUGCCGUGACAGCCCAAAGUGGACCCGAAGCUGAAGCUCCGGACAUGGACUUGUCCACAGCAGAGACGCUGCAGGCUACAGAUACUCAGCUGGAAAUGGCAUUGCUUCCUUCGACUUCCCCCGCUACCCUUCCAGUGGGUGAGGAGACCUUGCCACGGCCAGUUCCUACGCCCUCUCGUGUGGCGGCUGGGGGUGAAGUGGAAACUCCUUCUGUCAAACCCGGUGCCCCAUCCGCUUUGGUGGCCAAGCCUCCAAAGCAAACACGUCAGGAGCUUUUGCGGAAUGCUGCCAAAGCCCAAGUGAGGGUGAGGAUUAAUGGUGCCAAGAAGGCUUGCAUGAGCAAGGAAGCAACUCACGUCAGGAAGAACGUCUACGACAAUGUCGAGGAGUACUACGUGGUGAUCAAGGAGAAAGGUUCGAGGGAGGAGAUGCAGAGCCAAGAAGCAUCUGAGGAACCAAGCCUGACGUCCGAUUUCUCUGGCCUUGCAAAGAUGGAUGCCAGAUUGGCUGCAGAUACUGCCAACCCAGCUGGUGGUGGAGGAAAUCAGGUUGAUGAGAUCAAAGAGAAGAUGAAAAAGUUCCUGGAUUCCAUGAUCCAAAAGUCAGGAAAGAUUAGACAACUCAUACGGGAGAUCAGCGAAAGCUAUACCCAGCUGAAAAAGGCUUUGGAGGAUCAGGUCCAGAAACUGGAUGCCCAGUAUGAUAUUUGCAAUGAAGUGAUGGCCAACGGAGAAGUCAGUGGGUUCCCGAAAGAGUUCCUACCGAAAGCCACUGCUGCCAUGAACACUGCAACCCUGGCGAGUGCGAAAAAGUAUGAGAAGAAGGACGGGCAGGUUCCGGUGAAAGAGGAAAAGGAGAAGGAUAAGGAGACGGAUGGCAAAAAGCCAAAAAAGGACAAGAAGAACAAAGCAGAAAAAAAACCCAAGGAUAACAAGCGCAAACGUGCUGGAAACGCAUUGAAGGCAUUCGUCAAAGACAUCGGUGAUGGAGUCUUUGCCUCAGCCGUGUUCAGACUGCAGCGUCCAAGUCCGAUCGGACAUGUUGAGCCUUCCAUUCCCUUGGCUAAGUGGGUGGCCUCCCUGCCAUCCAAACUCCAAUCCAACCCGAGCCUCCUCACCAUUGCAAGUGAGGCAGCUGCUGAACCCAAAGGUCCUGCAGUCGAACUGGCGCAGUGCUCACCCACUCCCUUGCUCCCGGGUAAGCGUGGCUGCAAAAACAUUCGCUUGGGAGGAGCAUCGACUUGCCGCUCAGCAAUCCGAGCAGCGAAGGCCGUUGUGAGUGACAUCGGGGAGGUCAGCGCAGCAAAAAGCAAUGGCUUGGUGCGUCUCUCACACUGCUCUGAGAGCCAUAGUGAGCGUGAUGUGGAGGUGCUUUCACGGCAGUACAAGAUCCGCCUGCCUGUGCAAAUCUCAGAGCUCAAAAAGAGCCCGGGAGUUCGCUAUAUGGGCAGUUUCAAAGUGAUCAGCCUGCGCAGCUGGAUUGAAUUUUUGACAAAUUUCAAUGUUUGGCAUGUCAUGCUUGGCCUUCACCAUCCCGAUGAAGCACGCGAGCGUGCAAUCCUGACAGAAUUUUGGAGGCUAUACAAGGCAGCCAACCCACAGCACAUGCUGUGGCAGGUUGUAGAAGAGAAUUCGGUGGACCUCAGCAAAUGCCUUCCGAUUCUCUGUCAUGGAGAUGAAGGGCGUGGCAGGAAGAAGUCGCCCUUUUUAAUAACUGCCUAUCACAGUUGCCUGGGCUUUGGAACAGACUUAGCCAACAGCACACGUGCCCGUCGUCCAUACCUUUCCCUCCGCCUCAAUUAUUGUGGCAGCACCCACAUACAUCGGAUGCUGACCGGGUGCCUUCCCAAGAUGGUCAAGGACGAACAAGCCUUCAAAGACUUGUGUUCGUUUAUGGCUGCAGAUUGUGUCUCAAUGAUUGAGCAGGGCGUGGAAAGCAAGCACGGGGGCCGUGUCUGGGCGGCCUGCUUGAACAUCGUGGGAGAUUGGAUGUGGCUGGCCAAGGCGGCCAACUUGGAACGCAGCUUUUCCACGGUACAGAAAAGACCUUGGACCGCUGCCUCGGUCCCAAAAGGGAUUUGUCACUGGUGUCACGCCGGAAGGCGAGGCUUUGACUUUGAGGACAUGUCCAUGAAUGCAGCGCACAGGGGAACUAUGUUUCUGCAGGGUGAUCAGCCAUGGAGCACUCGACCAGUGUUCUUGGAUAUCCCACAUGAUCCUUCAAAACCUGCUGCGUUCUUCUAUUUUGAUUUGUGGCAUUGCUUCCAUUUGGGAAUGGGGAAGAGCUUCGUUGCCAGUGUUUUUGCAUUGAUCAGCGACCGGCUUCCUGGUGGUGCAGUGGAUGCGCGGUUCGCUCACUUGACGGACUUGUACCUUCAGUUCUGUGACGAGGAACGGACCGCUCCAUACAUCACUGCCAUUACCACCGCGCUGGUGGGAUGGCCUGACCGGAAGACAUAUCCAAACGGCCAAUGGCACAAAGGCCACACAACCACUGCCUUCUGCCAUUUCUUGGAGCGAUGGUUUGCUGUGAAUAACAUAGCAGGGGAUUUGCUUUUGCGCAAAUCUCAUGAGGCUACUGUUUGCAUCAACCGCUGCUUGCACAUGCUCUAUGCCAGUGACCUUUGGCUGAAACCUGCCAAGUGUCAAGCCAUCGGACAGCUGGGCAUGCGCUUCCUCUGCUUGUACCAGGUGGAUGAAGAUUAUAUUGGGAAGAAGAGCAGGUUGGCGAGACGUGUUGCGCCGGCCACUGUGGUGCAACGUGUCAUCGAACGCACACUUUCAAUCUCAUAUGCGCACUGGCAUGAAGCUG